UGAAGACCCCCCCGCCCCCUCUUUUCUCUCUCCCUCCCUCCCCAACUUUGUCCUCUCCAUUCAAGCUUUAUUUUUGUACUAGCACACUAGUGCUCUCUCCCUCUCUCACUUCUCUAACCCAUGUCUACUACUAGUGGUAGUUGUACUAAUUCUUCAUGUGACCUUCUAUUGUGCAUGCCUAUAUAUAGUAGCUAGCUAAUUCCUGAAUUCCUCAUACUGUCCCUCAUCCUCUCCCCACCACCUCCACUAUCCCCAACCCCACCCCAAUCACCAGCCAUGGGGUCACCGCCGGCGCCGGUUACACUGCUCUUUACCAUUCUUCUCCCCCUCUUUGUAUCCUUUCUGGCCGGAGCACCAUUGGCCCUUGGGUGGCGUCCCUGGCCCAAUCAGGACAAGCCUAACGCUACUGAUUUUAUCUAUGGCGCCUCCAAAAAAUACGAGGGCUCCUCCGACUUUGUUCACCUCAAGUACCACAUGGGUCCAGUCCUGACUGCUAAUAUCACCGUCUAUCCCAUCUGGUACGGGGUGUGGCAAAAUUCCCAGAAGCGCAUCAUCCGGGAGUUCAUCACCUCUUUCUCCGCCUUUAAUUCUAAACCGCCUUCCGUUUCCGGGUGGUGGAAAACAGUGCAGCUCUACACCGAUCAAACGGGGGCUAAUAUUUCUAGCCACGUCCACCUGGGGGAAGAGAAGAACGACCGCUUUUACUCCCACGGUAAAUCUUUGACCCGCCUAUCUGUACAGUCCGUGAUAAAAAGCUCCGUCACGGCCAGGACCAAGCCUUUGCCCAUUAACCCCAAGAGCGGGGUCUACUUGCUGCUUACCUCUGAGGACGUGUACGUGCAGGAUUUCUGCAACAACGUUUGUGGGUUCCACUAUUUCACCUUCCCCUCAAUUCUGGGGUACACCCUGCCCUACGCCUGGGUGGGCAACUCCGCCAAGCUGUGCCCGGGGGUAUGUGCCUACCCAUUUUCAGUCCCUGAUUACAUCCCGGGGUUGAAGGCUGUAAAGGCGCCGAACGGCGACGUUGGGGUGGAUGGAAUGAUAAGCGUAAUCGGUCACGAGAUUGCAGAGCUGUCGACGAACCCGUUGGUGAACGCGUGGUAUGCGGGUCAGGACCCCGUGUUCCCGGUGGAGAUUGCGGAUCUUUGUGAGGGCAUUUAUGGGACUGGGGGAGGCGGGUCGUACACGGGGCAGAUGUCAAACGGAGAAGAUGGUGCCACGUAUAACAUGAAUGGGAUCAGACGGAGGUUUCUAUUGCAAUGGGUUUGGAACCCCUUGUUGAAUUACUGCACUGGCCCUAAUGCUCUUGAUCAGUAAAUUCAAAUUGUUGGGCCUUUUUUUUUAAGCUCUGUGUAUGGGGAUGGGGAUGAUGUUGGUCGUUUUGGUGGUUGAUUUUUCUCUAGUUUCUUUCUUUCUUUCUUUCCCACUUUAUCCUUCUAUUUUGAUUUUUUUUUUUUAAUUUUUGCUCCUCCGAUGUUAAUUCCAUAAAUACUAGUAGUACUACUCUGUAGUUAUUAUUAUUAUUAUUAAUUUUUGUCUAAUACUACCAAAUUGCUGUAAUAAGUAUAUGCCUGUAUUAUUUUUGUACA